GAUAUAUUUAAUUUUUGUUUGUUAAAAAAAUAUACUCGCUUUAUUUAAGCGAAGUUUUUUUUAUUACGUACAGUUUUUUUUUUUUGAUUUUCACGUCUACGAAAACCGAUGGAACAAGGUAAGGCCAACAAAUACAGUAUUAUAUGAAAUUAUUAACCGCGUAAGACACGACGUUACAUCGUUCCGUAAAAUAUACGAAAUUCCCAAAAGAGCUCGUGUAUACGAAAAAUAGGCACAAUCAGCCCGAUAUUUUUGUGUGUACUAUGCGAAAAAAUUUGUUCACUACGAAAAAUAAAAGCGUACAACUGCUUUAUGUUUUUUUUUUUUAUUAUAGGUAACCUGCGUAGUACUAUACUAUCCGCGACUGUGUCAUAGAUGUAUAAAAAUCCAAAUGAGUUGUUUAAUAUUUACCAUAAACCAUUUGUUAAGGUGCUGAUAGUUAUUUUCAUAGUAAUAUGGUCCAUAUUAGAUUUGUUUUGGCGAUUAACCUGUUUAUAUUCGUCAUCAGUUAUGAUCACAUUUUGGUUAUAGUUAUAGAUUUGAGAAAGACGGCAUGUUUGUGGUCAUUACAAAUUAUAUAAAUUAAUGAAAAAAAAAAGGACUGGCUGAAUAUAAUUAUCAUUUUAACCGAUAACCAAAAAUCAUCACCGUCCAUUUCGUUUAGAUUAUGAUAUUUCGGUAUUUUAUAGCCAAUAAUUAUUUUAAAGAUAGAUGGACAGAAUUCACACAUAGUUUUCGUUUAGGAAAUUUAAAACGCCAAAAUAUUUUUUAAAAAAAAGAUUAUAAAACUAUUAUCGAGGGUCGGGAUUGGAAAGGAGUGAGCCGUGCCUAAAGUACGAAAAACAGAAGCACAUAAAACUAAAAAAAAAAAACGCUGAAAGGCAAAAAAAUCAAAACAAGAUCAUACAGUCACACAUUUUUCAGGAAUAUACUAAUAUAAAAGUGUGGUCCAAUAAAAGUUGCGAUAAUAAGGAUAAUGGAGACGGAUGAAGCCCUACUACUAUAGGUGUGAAGUUGGGAGAGUAGGGUACAGAAGGGAGUUUUCAAUGUAUUUCUGUAAACAACGAUAAACCAUUGCUAACGAGAAAAGAUUCCGAGCUGAGUUCAGUUUAUUGCGUUACUUUGUCAACAAUAUAUAUGCUAUUAUUAUGGUAAAAUAAUAAAAUAUGUAUUAUAUAUUUUCUUUAAUAAUAUUUGUUUAAUAUUUUAGCUACCUAUUUUCCCGUUUUCCCGUUUUUUUCAGUGUUUCCAUUUUUUUUUUUUAUUCGAUUUUUCCUAUAUAUUGGGAAAAUUCCCGAAGAAAAUGUAAAAAACUACCUCCUUAAAGUAACUCCCCGGUCAAAUUUUCUUUUAGAAAAAUUGUUAUCGUCGUACAUUGGUGCAAUAUUUUUGGUAGAAAAGUUGUUCAUAAAAAAAAAAAAAAAUUAAAAUUAACGUCUUUGUAAAACCAUAAAUUUAGAAUCUAAGACUUCAGUCAAAAAUAAGUUUAAAUAAUGAGCAUUUGUAAUUAUUGUUUGGUUUUAUGGGAAUAUAUUUUUAUUCUUUAUUUAUGCAAACUUAACACAAUUUUCGUCAUAAAUUUAAUUUUGUUGUAAAUCAAAAAAAAAAAAAUGUUAGGGUUAAGUGUUAAAUUUGUUUCUUUUUUUACACAUGUUUUAUGUUCAAAUUCGAACGAAAAUCGUAAAAAUCGUGACAUUUCAAAACGUGUUAAUUCAAAUUUAACUUAACGUCGUUUUUCGUUGGCGUUUUUUUUUUGUAGUCUACGUAUUCUAUAACCUUCCCAACUCCCCACCUUCAACAAUAGCCCGCUUGUCAGCCCUAUUUAUUUGAAUAUCAUUACGCGGAAGUUCGAGAAUAUUUUAACUAUAUUAUAUGGACACUUACUUUGUUGUCACGACGUAAAAUAACGAGUAGUCAUACCCAAUGGUAUGUCAGUAAUCCGUCGGUGAUGUUGACGGAUUAACUGCAAUAAGGAUGCGUGGGCAUGACACCUGUCCACACCCGAACAUUUUUCUGUUUAAUUGAUUCUGUCACGUGGUUUUAUUUUUUAUUUUUAUUAUUGUAAUAGUUGUGAUGACCAAAAAAAAAAAAAAAAAAAAUGCAGACAAUUUCUUUUCAAACCCCGGGUUUGCAACCGCGACCCCUAGUAUGACAAUGUAUGACAAUACGUACUCAUGACCAUUCGACUACAAUAAACUUAUAGUUAUGUGAAUAAUAUAGGUUAUUAAUAUUAAUAUAAGUUAUUUAACAUAGACAUGUAAUAUCUGCAUAAUAUCUGAACUUCAAAAAUAUAAUUUCGAAACUUAGUCAGUCCGCUCAAUUCUGAAUUUACUAUCUUUCUAAAAUCGGCGAUACACAUAUAUUCGAAAAAAAAAAAAAAAAAUUGAAAAAUUAGAUUCAUUCCACAUAAUUUUUAUUCGACGAUUUUCGUUAAAAUUUGAUAUUAUAAUUCCUUUAUAAAAAAAAAAUACUACAUUAAACUCAAAUUUUAUUUUUUGACCACAAAUUCAGACUUUUAAUGAACCUUCUAUUAAAUUUCCAAGCAUUUCUGUCAAGUCUAACAGUUUUACCACAGAGUACCCACCGAAUGAAAAUUAUGUACAAAACUCCCAAAAUGAAUAUGUCUUUAAAUAGCUCAAAAAUUGUUCAAAUGUUUUGACAAUUUUGCUAUGUCUAGAAAAGGCAAAUUUAAAUUUUCUUUUCAAAUAUCAAUUCCCUACGAAUAUUUUUAACUGAAUGAGAACAAAUAACAAACUUGAUAAAAUAUUAAAAGCAUUAAUUUCGUACAUUUCUCGUUUUUCUUGCGUUUUAACCUGGUUUUUCACAGACAUUAUGGAAACCGCUUGAAAAUCAAAAAAUAACCUCCAAAAACUACCACCUGAACAACAUUCCCUUCCAUACAUAUAUGAGACAAAUUUGUAGUCGAAUUUUCGUACACGGUAUAUAAUAUAAAAUAAAAUAAACAUGAUUGUAGAAACCAAUAGAUUCUUCGCUCCACUCAGAAUCUAAAAUAAAAAUAUUAAAAUUAUAAAUAAUUGUAUUGCACAGAUUAUUCAUGACACGAAUAACUGGUAUACGGUUCGGAGAAUGAACAUUAUUUUUUUAUUGGUUUUUUUUUCUUCGUUUUUGUUAUUCAUUUUUUUUUUUUUAUUACUCUUUGAUUUAGUGGAAUGAUUUUCUGUAGGGUAUUACAGUCUUAUUUUUUUAUUUGUGCACUCAUAAUGGAAAGUAUCUACUGGCGCUUAAAAUCGUUUUGUACCGGUCCUUUGGUGUUUUUGAAAGCCAAGAAUCUUUACGGCCGCGAUACCGUGUCGAAAAUUAAUAUAUUUUAUCCCCCUUUUCAUUGAAAACAUUUAUUUAUAAUCUUCAAACAGGGAGCGAGAAUGCGAAAUGUGUUCAUUUGGGUCUACCGUCUCGCCAUGGAUCUUGUCGGAACCGUUGUAUAUCAUAACGAUUUGUACACUUCACUCUCUUUAAAAAAAAAAAAAAAAAAACCCGUAUAUUUAUUAAAUUCUUAAAAUUAAAAUGCAGAGGAGAGUCAAACAUAAAACGAUGGCAUCAUUUUUCUCUUCUUCUAAGCUAAAAGAGUAUUCUAAAAUUAACGAGAAGUAGUUAAUUAAUUGUCUGUACAUUUAGUACUUAUAUUUUGGUACUUAUAUCCACAAAGGGAUACGACUAUCGUCAAUAAAGUGAUCAAAUUUGUAAACACGUUAACUUAGAUCUAUUUAGAAAAUCCUUUUUUUUUUUGAAUAACCUGCAAAUUUAAGUAGAAAACGAGAGAAUUAACAGCAAAACAAUUUUAAUGCAAAAUAUCAAUUUUUAGUUGAAUUAAAAUUUAUCUUAUAGCAUAAUUAUUAUAAUUUAAUAUAAAAAAAAAAAAACGUAAAUUACUUUGCAUUAUCAAUAAGCCACCGUCGUUGUGGAAAUCAACAGAAAUUAAACCUUCAAUACAUUUGUAAUUUUUUUUUUAUUUUAUCGAAAGACUUUUGAGGAUCUCAAAUGUGAUUCCAAAAACUGUACUGUUGGAGAAAUAUCCAAAUCUUUUUAGGUAUGAUGUGAACAAUGUUUGGGGAAAUAUAUGUAUAAUCGAAAAGGUUAAAGAAUUACUGAGUAAAAUAAUCCCAUUUUAAUCGGAUCUUGUAAUGUUAGGCAUCCAAAUAUCAGAGUAUUAUAACCGUAAAAAGUAUUUUCCAAGAAAAAAAUACGUUUAAGUAGAACUAAAAACAGCUUUUUCGCUGCAAAAUUUUAAUAUUUGAAUAUAACAUGUAUCAGUUAUUAAUUACGCGUCCUUUUCCGGCUUCUGGUGAUAACUUCGUGAAAUAAUCGCUGCUAAAUAGAGGCUGUAGCCUGCAGCAGGUGCAGAGCGAAAGCAAAAAAUGACGUCCUAGAAUAAUAGGGUAAGGUACAGCCAUUUCUAUAGGUAACUAAAUGUAUAUCUGUAAGCAGCGAUAAACUAUUGCUAACGAAAAAAACGAUUCUGAGCGCAGUUCAGUUGAUAGUAAUGUUUUGUCAACUAAAUGUCAUAUUAUGGUGAAAUAAUUAAACAGGCAUUGGAAUUAACUUUAAUAAUAUCUGUUAAAUCAGUACAAUACGAUUUUCCCGUUUUUCCUGCGUUUUUUCCGGUUUUUCAAGUUUAGUGGGAAAGUUCUUGGAAAAAUCAAAAGAUUACUUUUCCAAAUUACUAUGGAAAUGAAAUUUAUAUUUAGAAAAUAAGCUACACCUGACACAUCGGAGAAAGGUAUUUGGUAGAAUAGUUUGUAUAACAAAUCGAGAGGUAUUUUAAGAUUAAAAUAGUCCGAGCGAGCGAUAGCUCGGGUCUUUAGAUACACCCAAAAUGCAUUUGUUUUUUUCUUAUUUAGAUAAAAGGGGAAAAAUGCAAAAAAUUUUAUUUCGUAGCAUGAGUUCGACGAACUCGCGAUCCCUAGGAUGAAAACAGUUAUGUAAAACUAUUCAGCUACCUCAAACAUACUUUAUAGAAGACAAUAUUUAGUUAUUUAACAUAGCAUAUAAUGUCUGCAUAAUAUCAAUACUUCAAAAAACUGUAAUUUCGAAACAAAGUCAGCCCGAUCAAUUCUGGCCAUACCAUCGUUCUUAAAUCGGUAAUAUACAUAUGCUCCAUAUAUACUAUGUCUAAAAAAAAUGCAAAUAUAAGUUUUCUGUCCCAAUUUAAAGUCUUUACGAAUAUUUUUAACUGAAUUACAACAAAUAACCUAAUUGGAGAAUAAUAAAAGCAUUAUUUUUUAUAAAUUUCCCGUUUUCUUACGUUUUAUCCUGGUUUUUCCUAGAUUUUAUAAAAAUUGCUUGGAAAAUCAAAAAACGACCUCCAAAAGUAUUAUGUGGACAACAUGAAUUUUCAGAAAUGGUAUUGCGCGAAUAUAUCUGAGCAAGAUUUUUGGUAGAAUUUUCGUACACGAAAUAAAAAAAAAAAAAAAUAAACAUCUCAGUAAAACCAACACAUUUCUCGCUACACUACGAUUCUAAAAUUAUACAAUUAUGUAUACAAUGUCAUACAAUUUAAAAUAUAAAAUAAUUACACUAAUAAGAUCAAAACCCGAAAAAAUAAUUUGAUUUUCGGUCAAACGGGAUGGGAUUCAUUAGUAACGAAAAUAAAUUUGACUAACGAAUUCGCAUUAGAACGUUCGCUUUGUAAAUAACAGCGAUUGCACAAACCACUAAACCGAAUUAUUAUUCGUUAAGAUGAAAAAAAAAAAAUAUUCUCCUCUUAAGCACUGUAAUGUCGCGAUUAAUAUUCAUUAUGCGUUUACUGCAUUUUAUGAUUUCACGCGUUGAUUCGUUUAAAUGUUAAUUAGUUUUAUGUUCAGCGGUGGCGAGAAUAAAUCAGGCAGAGACAAUUAUUGUUUCGCAUAUAAAGUGCGUAUUUAUUUGUUUUUUGUAUAGUUUGACUUUACGCAGACUUUCAAUCGGAAUGUUCUUUAAGCGGUAUUGCUGACUUGCAUAAUUGAUGCCUAGCGUCCAACAAAAUCGUUCAAAAUUCACUAUGUUUACGAAUUUCCGAUUAUAGCACUCAAUACCCGCCGACCCGCCGUCCAAAGGCGACAUUAUGAUCGAUUCAAAAAUCGACACACGCCAUUGAAUAUGCCGAUUACAGGUCAUCUUUCAAAUUUCAUUUUAAUAAAGAAUAAUGCACACUCAAUCGAAAAAAAAAAAUUGUGUAUUUUCGGAGCUCCGAUAGAUUUUAUGAAGCUCUAGCUUUAAUAAACAUUAUGAACCACCCCGGUGAAAUUUAAUUUCGGAAAAAUUUGCUAUCGACUUUAGACGUAUAUAAUAAAUACUGGACUAAAGUAUACUGCACAAAGUUUUUUUUUUUUGAGUAAAUAUAAAUAAUUAUUUUUAAAAUUAAUUUUCCUGGAUCUAAUGUUGUCCGCAGUCCUGCGAUUCAGUAUUCAACUUUUACACAUGGUUCUGAAUUCCAAUCACCUAUUGUUGGUCCAAUUACACUUUUAAACACGUUUCCCCGUCCAUUGCUUUCUACAAAUAACAAAUAAGUGAGUUUCAAUAAAUAGUAUAAUAUUAUUGUGAAUGUUAAAAAUUAUAGACAAAUAUAAUCGUUACGAGGUCAGUGCCCUAAUAUUUUUUGCCACAUUUGAGACUGGUAACUAUUAGGUAACGGUUGGCGGUUUACACUUUUUUUAUUAGUGAUUAACUCUGAAUAAAAUCGUGGAAAGCAAAACUGUGAAUAUUUUUCACACUGAAACUGCCGGUUUAAUGGAACUGAAAUAUUUUAUUUUUUAAAUGUCUAAAUCAUGCGCUAUUCUAAAUUAAUUAUUACUAUAGUGCGAUGAAAUUAAAAUGCCGAAAUCGGGAAAAUAAUAGAAAAGGGUCUUAAAGGCCUUAAGAAAAACGCCGUCACUCGCAAUUAUUGCGGGACACGGCCUCACCAUUGACGCGUAGCCAAAGGUUUUGUAAAAUUAAUAAUCUAAACGGUUAUUUAAACACCGUGAUUCGUUCAUGCGAAAUCCAAGUGAUUUCACCGAAAAUAAGAUCGGCACGUUACACCGGGCGCGCGGGCAUUUUCGAAAAUCGUACUAUGGACGCGAUAACACGGUACCGACGCCUCGCUCGUAAAACUCGUACAUUUUAAUCGUAAGGGAAAAAAAACCGUACCCACAUUGUAAUCGUUAUGCCGUCAAUAACCGCGCGGCCGCAAUCGUUUAUUUUGCUCGGUAACGAUAUUUCCGUAAACCGGAAGUUUACGAACAACGUGUACAGUAACCGAAAUCGCCAAAAGUGCUCGUCCGCGGUUAAAUACCGCGGGUUGUGCGUAUCCGGUUGUUCACCAGAACACGUCUAACGAGCGGCGUCGUCGACAAUCGAUAGCCCCGCGUAGAAACCGCCCUGCACUAUAAUAUCCGUAAAUGUAACGUUUAAUGUUUCAAUUAUUGUUUCGUACGCGUUCAAAACGAACGAAUCGUUAUCGCGGAAAUCAUUGAUCGUUUUGUAAGUAAAAAAAAAAAAAAAAAACCGAUUUUUUAGAUUCCGGGCGUAGCGAGGGAAAUAUUGGUUUUGCCGAGAUGUUUAUUUUUUCUUUUUUCUUCUACUAGUCUGUGGACACGUUGUUUUCCCCUAGGAAAUUCACUCCGAUCUUUACGUGUAGCUGCUUUUCAGAAAUCUCAAGCCGUCUAAAUGGUACUAUAAAGUUGUCAUAUUUUUGAUUUUAGACGCCAUUUUUAAAAUAAAAGCACCUAAGUGGGAAGAAAUGCAGGAAAACGUACAAUUUAAUGAUUUCAUUGUUUUAUAAAAACACGGACGACGGUUUUUAACGGAAAAAAUGAUUUAAUCGAAAAAUUACAAGAUAUCUUUUUUUUGAUUUAAUUUCUAACAUUUUUUGUCAUUGCCGACAAUUUUGAGCCACUUUUGAGUUUUUAAGAAAUUUUAAUUUUCGGGAGUUGUUUCGCUGUAAUUCAGUUACACGUAGAGACUUGAAACUUGGUAAUAGUCCUUAUAUUGGACUUACAUGGACGUGGUAAAAUUUCCAAAAUCAUCGUGCGACUUUUUUUUUAAAAAAAAUAAGCGUUUUGAAAUCAAAUUUAAACGAUAAUUGCACAAAUCAUGCAUUACCAAACUGCGCUCGGAAUCGUCUUUCGUCGAGCGAUGGUUUUGCUUUGCGCACAGAUAAAAACGGAAAUGACCUUGUGUAUCCUAACUUCCCGACUUCUCACCUACGACAGCGGCCGCUCACAACCUCGGUAUCAGCAUCUGUUAUUUUCAUUUUUUUUUCGAUAAUUUAUAAAAAAAACCAAACGGCUCGACAAACGCGUUCCAUUACCGUUGUUUCCGUCACCCUAGCUCUCGGCGGUACGGCGGGCGGCAUUACCUAGCUGCGUGUAUAUUGUACACCAAAUAUUCUGCAAGCAGACGUGAUGACGCGUAUUAAUCAAUACGCAUCCCGGUGUCGAUGCCGUUGCACGUUCCCCCGACCCCCGUCCGAAAAUAAAAGUCGGAUGUGCCGCGGACGGUGGUCGACGGAAAUCGAGUAUAUCGACGCCGAAGUCACGAUUAGGUAUUAUUAUUGUUUAUUUUUUUUUUUUUGAACUCAUACCGCCGUAUGUCCGUCUGUCGUCCGACAGAUUUGUCGGAAGCUGCGACUGAAGUCGUCGGAACGUCAAAAGUUACAAGUGUGGCUGCGGUAGUCGUUCGCGUUAGCGCGCGAAAAAAAACGGGCGCGCCGAAAAUUCUGUUAGGUGUCCGCGCGACAUUUUUUACACGGCCGCUCGUUAUUAACGCAAUCGUCGAAAACGUUUUUUUUUUUUGUUUUUCGUUUUUUUUUCGCGCGUUAAUAUCGAGUGUAGGCUGUAUGUACAAAGGCAUCCGAAGGGAACACCCUGUAUAUGGCGUUAUUGAUAUUGCAGUUACUGUUACGUAAUAACGCCCGCGUAUACGGUUUUGUGACGCACGAGGGGAAUAUUGUUGUUAAAUACACCGCCGAGCUAUUCCGGCGGUCGGAUGUUUGCGUUUCCGACCGUCGAUUUGCGCGCGCCUCCCCUUUCUCGCCACCAGGCCUAGUGGGGUUUUUUUUUUUUUUUUUUUUCGGUUAUCAAGCCGUGAACGGCUGACGGCGAAAAUCGUUCUGUCUUGGCCCGGCUGCACUCCGAAGAGGACAUUGCAACCAGCACCACCGCCGUCACCACACCGUGGGCAUUUAUCGUAAAACAGCACCGGCCGUCGCUCGUGCUUUUGUAAAUUAAAUAAUAAUUUAAUUUUUGUUUGUUAACAAAAUAUACUCUCGCUUUGUUUCAGUGAAUUUUUUUUUUUUUUUUUAUUCCGUACGGUUGUUUUUUAUUUUCGCGUCUACGAAAACCGCUGCAGCAAGGUAAGGCCAACCAAUACAGUAUAAUAUGAAUUUAUUAACCGCAUAAGACACGAUGUUAUAUCGUUCCGUUAAAUUUACAAAAUUUCCAAAUGUCUCGUGUGUAUGGAAAAUAGGUACAAUCAGCGGCUAUUUUUGUGUGUAUUAUACGACACAAUUUGUUCACUACGAAAAAUAAAAGUUUUUUUUUUUUUUUUUUUUUAUUAUAGGUAACCCGCGACUGUGUCUUAGAUAUAUAAAAAUCCAAAUGAUUUAUUUAAUUUUUAUAAUAAAACGUUUGUUAAGGUGCUUAUUUUCAUAUCAUAUUUUGGUUAAUAGUUAUAGAUUUGCGAAUACGGCUUGUUUGUGGUUAUUACAAAUUGUAUAAAUUAAUAAAAAAAAAGGACUGGCUAGAUACAAUCAUCACUUUAAAGAAUAACCAAAAAUCAUCACCGUUCAUUUCGUUUAGUUAUGAUAUUUCGGUAUUUUAUAAUCAAUCAUUAUUUUUUGAAGAUAGAUGGACAGAAUUCACACAUAGUUUUCGUUUAAGAAUUUUUAAACACUAAAAUAUUAGAAAAAAAAAAAAAUAAUAAUAAUAAAAAAAAUUAUCGAGGGCCGGGACUUGAAAUUCUCAAAAAUCGAUUGAAAAGGAGUGAGCAGUACCCAAAGUACGAAAAACUAAAAAAAAAAAACGGUGAAAGGCAAAAAAAUCAAAACAUGAUCAUAUGGUUACAAAUUUUUCAGGAGAAUAGUAAUAUAAAAAAAAUGGUCUAAUAAAAGUCGCAUAAUACGGAUGAUGGGGACGGGCGAAGCCCGUCCCACCGACAGGAGUGAGAAGUCGGGAAUGUAGGAUACAGAAGAGAAUUCAAUGUGUAUCUGUAAGCAACGAUAAACCGUUGCUAACGAGAAAAGAUUCCGAGCGGAGUUCAGUUUAUUUCGUUACUUUGUCAACAAUUUAUAUGCUAUUAUUAUGGUAAAAUAAUAAAAUAUGUAUUAUAUAUUUUCUUUAAUAAUAUUUAUUUAAUGUUUUACCUACCUAUUUUCCUGUUUUCCCGUUUUUUUUUUUUUCGAUGUUUCCGUUUUUUUUUUAUUCGAAUUUUCCUAUAUAUUGGGAAAAUUUCCGAGGAAAAUGAAAAAACUACCUCCUUAAAGUAAUUCCGCGUUCAAAUUUUCUUUUAGAAAAAGUGGUAUCGUUGUACAUUGGAGAAAUAUUUUUGGUUGAAAAGUUGUUCAUAAAAAAAAAAAAAAAAAAAAUUAAAAUUAACGUCUUUGUAAAACCAUUAGCUCAGAAUCUGAGACUUUAGUAAAAAAUAAGUUUUUAAUUUUUUAUAAUAUAUUUUAUUAGGUAUAAUUGGUAAUAGAGUUUUUCAAUACAUAAUAAUACAUUGUUUAUAUAAUUAAAUUAUAUUCUUAAUAUUUUACUGAUGUAUUAGAUAUCUUAUGUACGAGAUGUAUUCGCUAUAUCACAUAAUUUUAAAUCGUUUUUUGUGUAAUAAAUAAAAUAGAAGUCUAAAAAACCAAAUAUAGAAUAAGAAAGACUGUCCCAGGAUAAUGGAGACGGGUGACCAGUGUUAUAGGUAAUUUAAUGUAUAGCUGUAAGCAACGAUAAAACAUUGCAAACGAAAAAAACGUAUCUGUCCAGAGUUAGUGAUACUUCGUCGUCAAUAUUUAUAUGUCGUAUUAUGGUAAUAACGGUUUUAUAUAAAAAAUAAUAUUUUUCAAAUAAUAUUUGUUUGAUGUAGCGAUUUUCUCGUUUUUCCUAAGUCGUUCGCGGCUAUCCCAUCACAUCGUUUUCAAGUCGAAAAAUUACCUCCUUAGAGUAUCUCCCCAGGCCGAUUUAUUUAAAAAAAAAUCUAAAGUCUAAAAGUUUAAUUUUAUAUUGCAACACAAUUGUCGGUAGAAAAGUUUUGCACAGAAAAAAAAUCUUUAUAUAUUUUAAUUAAUAAGUAUAUUUCUUACAUUUUCCGGUUUUUUUUUUUUUUUUUCAUUGGUUUUUCACAUUUGAUGAGAAAACUCUUGAUAAAAUCGAAAAAUUACCCAUUUAAAGUAUCUUUCCACAUUGAUUUCCUUUCAGAAAAGGUGCUUGAAAAUCGGAACAACAUAUGUGGUAGAAAUGUUGUCCACAAAAAAAAAAAAAAAAAAAAUAAUAAACUUCUUUGUAAAACCAUGGUUUUAUAAGCUUUUUCGCUCCGUUCAGAAUCUAAAAUUAUUCGCGAAUUCACAACUCUCCCACAGUCAAUUGUGAUAAAUAUGAAAUUUUAAAAUGUGCACUACGGAAGGUCGAAAACCAUAGCCACUGGGUACGAUUGCUUUUAUACGUGUAGUUCAAAUUCAAAUAUUAUCAUAAUGAUUAAUGACGUAUAUUGUUGUGCGUCGAUAAUGUUUAGUGAUAGAAUUUUUUUUUUUCUUUUCCAAGGCGCGUUGACUUAACCCACGAUCGCUAGCGUGGCGUACAAAUUCAUUCCGGUCAUAUGCUUAACACCCACGUAAAACUAUCGUUUUUUUUUUUUAUCGUUGAGUUCACCUUCUGACAAUUAGUAUAACCGGACGUAAAUAGAAUCGUUUCCGCGAUUAGUUUUCGUUUUAUUAUUAUUAUUAUUUUUUUUUUUUAUUUUAGUUUCAGUCCUGUAUUUGUACACGAACCGCGAUGUUUCUAUAUUAUUCGAUAUGCCCGGACGCCCGCGGGAACGUAAACCGAGAGGCUGGGAGGGGUGCGUAUGAGUAUGAGGGCGAAUUCUACGUCAUACCCGUCAUUGGCGGAAAAAAAAAAAAAGUUACAUCUAAAACUUUCGGAUUUUCGUCCGUGACCGCGAGGGAAACAUGUGCCCCCGGCCAUUUCCGGCGCCCGCGAUGCUUAUAACUAAUCGAAAUAACCCAUAUUUACAUAAAAACAAAAUUAUAUUAUAUUUUGCACUACACACGCGUAGACAACAGUGCGAUAACACAACGAGUUUAUUACGCCGGGGUAGGCAAAUUGUUAACCGCGCCCGACCAUGUGAUGGUCACGUGUGGGACGUAAAUUUUCACUUUACCCGCCGAGCCUCACGACUGACGAUCGGAUUCCGUCCAAUUUUAAAACGAUGGCGGACCGCCCGCCGCGACCGUACAAUAAUAACAAUAAUGUUACACUGGUCUCGGCGCCGCCGGGUUGCAAUGUCAAUGUUGUAUUUUAAACAUUUCCUUUCUCGCUCUAACGACAACUGCGACACUGCCGCCUUUUCACGAAUCGGCGUAUUGCCUCUGGGAUGAAUCAUCGCGUUCCAAUAAUAUUUUGAAAUUCGAAAUUGCCAUUGUUGCCAAUUAUGGCAGUUUACGGUUAUUGUUUUUUUUUUUUAGUCCUGGCGAUAAAAAGAACAAAAUUUAAGACUGUUGUAACGUGUGUGUUUAUUGUUUAGGCGAAAAGAAACCGAUAAAAAUUAUUUUUUGGGUGAAAUAAAACACUUUUAAAAACUAUUCGGAAUACAGUUGUAUUGAAUAAUUCUGUUACAGUUAUUUAAAACAACUUGUAAAAGAAUACUGCUUAUAACGACCCCCCCCCCUCUCCCAAUUCUGGUAAAAUUUCACCGGAACAAUUUGAUUAGGCGGUAAAAUCUCACUAGUAACUAUUGACUUACCAAAUAUCUUACCGGGGGAGUACAAUGUCUCUAUGGUGAAACGGUAUCACUAAUCAAGUUCCUUAAUGAAAUUUGACUACGCCCCCUAAUCUAUUAUCGCAACAAACACACCGCCAUUCCGACUUUUUUCCCGAUAUUUUUCAAAAUGUUCGACGAUCUCCUACGCCAAUUUCGACUGUUUUGACGGACUGAAGUCGCGCGUGUCACGGCGGACGCACAAAUUAAAUUCAUUUUUCAUCCCUCGUCUGCCGCGGCGUUAUUAAAUUCCAGAAAAUGUACUCACAAAAAAAACGGUCAAAAGGAAAAAACUGGACAUUUCCAAUGUUUCCAACAGUCAAACAUUUUUGUUCAACGGUCGCCGCUGUAGGGUUGGACGAUCGAAUUGGCAUAUGGUUUGGUAGGGUCGGGGGUGGUAUAAUGAUAAAUCGCCACUGAUUUUAUCGAAUUUUUUUUUUGUUUUCGCGCCAUAGACAUGGCGCGGCACAGAUUCAAGAAAAACUACUUCAAUCUGGCCAAUACGAACAACCAGCCGCAAUGGCCUACGGUGUUGGCCGUUAUCAUGGAACAGCUGGACCGGGCAUCGCGCAGCCUGCAGAACGCCAGGGAACUGGGCGGACCGGCGUCGGGCAUCCCCACGUGGGAAACGCUGAUGACGGCGUGGGAGGCGUACAAGGCAUCGAUAAACGAUGUCUCCGACGACUUCGCCUCGGCACCAAGUAUUACGAACAAUGAAGACGUCCAGAUCAAAUGGGCGCAGGCUGCCACGGCAGUCCAGUUGCGCAACCAUCCGGUGAUCCGGGUGGCGUUGAGCAGGGGAGUGUUGAACGUGCCCAUUGUGACACCCUCGAACAGCCCCUGGCCGUUCGAUAGUACGGCGGACGCGCACGCGCGACGCGUCAAAGCCAUAGAGGACGACAUGAACGCUUGGGCGAUGGAGGGCGGGCUACCGGCUCAACGGCCUGCGCUGGAAGGCCACUCGGACGGGGAGGAAACGGACGACGAUUCGUCGCCGGUAGUCUUACCGGCUGUCGUUAAGCGGGAGCCGGCUACGCGCAUGGUUCCCGAUGGAAUGCAGGCCUCUCCUUGGCAAAACUACAGACUCACCGAUUAAGGGGAUGCGUGUUUUUGAACGUCCGCCGGCGCGCCACUAGAUUUUUUUUGCGCCGCUCGAACAGUGGCGAUUUCCGUCGACGUUAACAACAACAACCUAAACAUCGAGUCGACUCGCGCGAUAAUAUCUUACGGCGGACGUACAUUUUCGGACAUCUUCAUUAAUCAUUCUCGCUUUCUAAAAUAACACAAUUAUUCAUUAUAUUCGUUGAUUUGUGUGGCUUUCGUAGAGUAGAUUUUAAUAAAAAAAAAAAAAUAAUAAUAAUAACAAUAAUAAUAAACUUCGUAAACAAUAACAAUAAUAAUAAUUAAAAGUUUGAGAACAAUCGUAGUAAUUUCCCGAACAGAGAACAAUAAAAUGUCCGUUUUCUUUAACUUUUUUUUCUUAUAAAAGGGAUCGGGUGGACGGAUCCCCAUCCCCCCCCUCCCCGAAACACUUUUAAUAAGGUACUCUCGUUACCGCGCGCAAAUAAAGCAGACCGAUGAAUUCGGUACGCACGAAUUAAUGUGAGGUGUGCGCGGACUUCGACACCAGUUUCACACGGCCGUUCGUCACUCCGUUAUUAUAAUUGAUAUCGGUUCCAUCAUUCAAUUCCACCAAUUCGACUAACAUUUUUUUCUUUUUUUUUUUUUUACGGCUAUAUUUCACCUAUCAAUAGAUCACUGGCCUCUUGUAAUAAUCUAAAAAUAUAACACAAACGUUUUUCAUCCCUCUCGGGCGAAAUUACGAACCGGUAUUUCACGGUUUUUAAUCAUUUAUAACGCGUUGUUUGGUUUAAUCUAUUUUGUAUUUUGUUUAAAAUUUAGUAUUUUAUUCCUUUGCCGUUAAUUGUAAUUAUCAUAUGUUCAAGUAUCAAAUGUAUUAACGUAUUAGCCAUUAGUUAACUGUACUUACGGCCUGGGGCGUGUAUUCAAAAAAAUUAAAUAAAUAAACUGUCUAAAUACCGUAAAAAAUAACAUACGCAUAGUAAAUUAAAUCGAAUACAAUUUACCGCGUCGUACAACGGGAAUCUGGUGACGAGACCGUACACCUUCGUGCGGACCGAAACAAAGGUCCGCUUUUAUCUAGCGCGAGUUCCUCUUAGCUUUAACUUUUAAUAUAUAUUUUUUUCAAUUACAAUUUACAAUAUUAUAUAGAUGUUCGGUUUUUAUUUCUUGUUCGUUCUAUUUGUAAUAUUGCGUAGAGAUUGAAUUUUAGCGAUACCGAGAAUUUCGAUUUUUAUACCCUCGAUACGUAUUCAUUUCGUUUGGGUCGGUUUCGAAACCGAUACCUGUAUGUUUUCCCACCGGGAUGCGUCAAUAGGUAACACAAAUCAUUAAUCUAGCGUAUAGGUCCUCGAGUUAUCGCGAGAGUAGUUGAGAUUUCCCCCUUUAUUCAUACCGAGACACGUUUAAAACAAUUAGUAAAAAAAAUUAUUAUCACAACGCAAUAAACAUAUACAAUCUGUAACUUGGGUAACAUGUAUCUGCAGCAUACUAUCCAGCUCUUACCUACGGGGGGAGGGAGUGGACAUUGGGCCGUCCGCUGAUCCUCUCAGCUGGAAUAUGCUUGCAGUAAUUGAUUAUACCUUUUGUGAACGGAAUUAUAGACAUUUAUCAAUUUUAGACAUUCGAUUACCGAUAACAAUAUCCACCUGACCGUCGUCUUGAUAGUAUCGAGGUAUAGAUACCGAAUGAAUCGAGUAUCGGCCGUCUCUACGUUUUUAUCCGUAACAAAAUAGUCUUAGCAUACGGGGGCGAUUCGAAAUUAUUCGCGGUACAGCCGUUUCAUCGUAUAUAAUAUUAUACUCAGACUAUAGAAAAAUGUACGGUACAAAAGUUUUUCGAUUUAUAAACAGCUACAAAAUAACGUGUACAUUUUUUCUUUUUACUUUUUUUUUUUUUUCGGGUGGAGGUGGAGGUUCGGGUUUCAAGUUUUCAUAUUUAAAUUUCCAUAAAUGAUGGAUGGAGUGUUAUAUAGUUUAAAUAAACGUCGGUAUUCAGACGCAUUCACUAUUCGAACGCCGUACUGUGUGCCAAACCACACAAGCGCGCAUUAUAAUACAAUGGUGUUUCACGACUGAUCUCCCCUAUUUACCCCCCUCCAUCUCAAAAGAAGGCGAAAGCAAAAAAAAAAAAUUAUUAUUUUAGACGUUUAUAAAUCGAAAAACUACGGCGCUAUACGUUUUUAUCUAUUUCGAAUGUCAACACGUUUAAACGGCUAUAACGCAAAUUUCGAAUCACUCUGUAUAAGUACAUAUAAGUAUAUUAUAUUUAACGAAUCGCAUAUGUGUAAUAUUUAUUUGUAUUUGUAUUUUUUUUUUCUAAAUACGGUUUUAACAUAGAUAAUCUUUUUAAAAAUUGUUUAAUUCGAUUUUAUUAUUACUGAAAAUAUUAUAUAAAAUAGGUAUUGUUAAUCCACAAUUAUGCGGAAUAUACAUUAGAGAAUACGUAGAAGUGUGAUUUUGUUGAUUUUUAAAUUUAUGCUUGCUGUUUACACGAAAAUAAAAC